AUGCAAAUAGACACAGCUGCAGAUGUGACAAUAAUUUCUGAAAGAGUAGCACAAACGAUACCUAAACUAGUGAUAAGACCUUCAGACAAAGUGCUCAAAAGUUAUAAUGGUACAAACAUAGAAGUAGUUGGUUCAUCACAAGUGAAAGUUCAGUACAAAGAUCAAGAGAUAGAUUACAAAGAAGUAUUUGAAGACAGAGUAGGAACAGUAAAGAAUGCACAAGCAGUCUUAGUUUUAAAGGAGAAUGCUACUCCUAGAUUUUCUGCUCCAAGACCAGUUCCAUAUGCACUGAAAAUAGCUGUGGAAACUGAAAUUAGAAGGUUAGAAAGGGAAGGUUCAUGGGGAAAGGUAGAUUAUUCAGAUUGGUCUACACCAUUAGUUCCAAUUGUUAAGGACAACGGUCAAGUUAGGUUAUGUGGAGAUUACAAGGUGACAUUAAAUCCACAAUUGCAAGUAGCACAACAUCCAUUGCCAAAUCCUAAAGAUAUGUUCGCAACUUUGUCAGGAUGCUCAGUAUUUUCUAAGAUAGAUUUUAGACAUGCAUUUCAACAACUAUCCAUGGAUGAAAAUUUCCAAAAGCUGAGUACUGUAAACACACAUUUAGGGCUGUAUCGUCCAAAAAGACUUCCCUAUAGUGUUGCUAGCAGUCCAGCAAUAUGGCAGCAAACAAUGGACAAAAUAUUUGCAGGUAUGUCAGGAGUAUUUACUUUCAUUGAUGACAUAUUAGUCGCUGGCAAAAACAAAAAAGAGCAUAGAGAAAGGUUACACGCAGUUCUAAAGAAACUAAAGGAACACAAUAUCAAGGUCAACCAGAGUGAAUGUAUUUUAGAAGUUAUUCGGUAG